CAGCUCGCUUCUCGCCUGCCCCUGCGCGCCCAUGGCCAGCCCCGCGCAGCCGGCCCCGCGUGGCGGCGGGAAGCGCAAGGGGAAGGCGCAGUACGUGCCGGCCAAGCGCGCCCGGCGCGGCGAUGGCGCUGGCCCGCGGCAGCUGGAGCCCGGGCUGCAGGGCGUCCUCAUUACCUGCAACAUGAACGAGCGCAAGUGCGUGGAGGAAGCCUACAGCCUGCUCGGCGAGUACGGCGACGACCUGUACGGGCCGGAGCAGUUUACAGACCAGGAUCAGCAGCGCUCCGGGAGCGAGGGCGAGGACGACGAUGCGGAGGCCGCCCUGAAGAAAGAAGUGGGUGACAUUAAAGCGUCCGCAGAGAUGAGGCUGAGAAGAUUCCAGUCCGUGGAGAGCGGAGCGAAUAAUGUCGUCUUCAUCAGGACGCUCGGGAUAGAGCCUGAGAGGCUGGUGCAUCACAUUCUCCAGGACAUGCACACAACCAAGAAGAAGAAGAGCCGCGUGAUUCUGCGAAUGUUACCCGUCUCGGGCACGUGCAAGGCUUUCUUAGAAGAUAUGAAAAAAUACGCAGAAACUUUUUUGGAACCCUGGUUUAAAGCUCCAAAUAAAGGGACAUUUCAGAUUGUGUAUAAAGCUCGAAAUAACAGUCAUGUGAAUAGAGAAGAAGUUAUCAAAGAAUUGGCAGGAAUUGUAGGAAGCCUCAACUCGGAAAACAAAGUGGAUCUUACCAACCCGCAGUACACAGUGGUAGUGGAAAUCAUCAAAGCCGUCUGCUGCCUGAGUGUUGUGAAGGAUUACGUGUUGUUCAGGAAGUAUAACCUCCAGGAGGUGGCCAAGAGCACCCCGGACGCACGGCCGCCUGACCCCAAGCAGGCAGCCCAAGGAAAUGGGGAAGAAGCUAAGUUAGAAGCUGGUGACAGAUCACAUCAGAAUGACCCAGCAGAAGGAAAAAAUGGCCAGCAGGUGCCAGAGAAUAGUGAGGAGCGGGGGCAGGCAAAACCUGUGUCAGGCGAGGGAGAAGCUAAACCUGAACUUGCAAGUCGAGUCGCAGAAGGAUCUGAGUCGAAUGAAAAGAACCUCUUAUAGGAACAGUCGUUUGAUGUCGGAGUGCCAGACUCUGGGACUUGGAAUUAAAGUGGCCGUACUGCACCUGCGGAGCGGGGACCCUUUGAUUUCGUGAAAGCUGCUACUACAGGAAGUCCAGGUGUAGCCAUUUGUUUUACUCCCCACUGUGUGUGUUUAUGUCCAGGAGACCUGAGUGUGACCAGAGCUGACCUCCCAGCUGGAAGGGCUGUGUUCUGUUGGAAUCUGAGUUCAUCUAGUGAGACUCAUUUUCAAGGUUACCAACUUCAUGUUCACUGACACUUGAGCAUGUUAUUCUAUAAGUGACAAGGUUCCAGGUUAGAAUUGAAUGCUUUAAGUUUUCCUUUUUAAAAAAUUGUCAGUUU